CACCUGCAGCCCCAGCAAGUCCCAAACACGCCAGCCAAGUGACGGGCCAUGGAAGCCACAGAUGCCUCCAGAAGCAAUGGGGCCAGCCCGGAAGCCAGGGAUGCCCGCAGCCCCCUGGGCCCCAAUGGCACCCUGGAGAAUGGGGCCAAGGCCGAAGGCCAAGAUGCCAAGACCACCAACGGGCACGGCGGGGACGUGGCCGAGGGCAAGAGCCUGGGCGGUGCCCCGAAGCCAGGGGAGGGCAAGAGCUCCCUGUUCUCAGGGAACGAGUGGCGGCGGCCCAUCAUCCAGUUUGUCGAGUCUGUGGACGACAAGGGCUCCAGCUACUUCAGCAUGGACUCUGGGGACGGCAAGAGGUCCCCCUAUGCUGGGCUCCAGCUGGGGGCCGGCAGGAAGCUGCCCCUCUCCUUCGCCGAGAAGGGGGAGCUGCGCAAGUCCAUCUUCUCGGAGCCCCGAAAGCCCACGGUGUCCAUCGUGGAGCCCGGGGAGGCCCGGCGGAACAGCUACCCCCGGGCUGACGGUGGCCUCCUGCUGCGCUCCAAGUCGGGCUCCGAGGAGGUCCUAUGUGACUCCUGCAUCGGCAACAAGCAGAAGGCCGUCAAGUCUUGCCUGGUGUGCCAGGCCUCCUUCUGCGAGCUGCACCUUAAGCCCCACCUGGAGGGCGCCGCCUUCCGAGACCACCAGCUGCUCGAGCCCAUCCGGGACUUCGAGGCCCGCAAGUGCCCCCUGCACGGUAAAACCAUGGAGCUCUUCUGCCAGACGGACCAGACCUGCAUUUGCUACCUCUGCAUGUUCCAAGAGCACAAGAAUCACGGCACGGUGACCGUCGAAGAGGCCAAGGCCGAGAAGGAGACAGAGCUGUCCCUGCAAAAAGAACAGCUGCAGCUCAAGAUCAUCGAGAUUGAGGAUGAAGCUGAGAAGUGGCAGAAGGAGAAGGACCGCAUCAAGAGCUUCACCACCAGUGAGAAGGCUCUCCUGGAGCAAAACUUCCAGGAUUUGGUGCGGGACCUGGAGAAGCAAAAGGAGGAAGUGAGGGCUGCACUAGAACAGCGGGAGCAGGAUGCCGUGGACCAAAUAAAGGUGAUCAUGGAUGCUCUGGACGAGAGGGCCAAGGUGCUGCAUGAGGACAAGCAGACCAGGGAGCAGAUGCAAAGCAUCAGUGACUCGGUGCUGUUUCUGCAGGAAUUUGGUGCAUUGAUGAGCAAUUACUCCCUCCCCCCACCCCUACCCACCUACCAUGUUCUGCUGGAGGGGGAGGGCCUGGGACAGUCACUUGGCAACUUCAAGGAUGACCUGCUCAACGUGUGCAUGCGCCAUGUUGAGAAGAUGUGCAAGGCAGACCUGAGCCGUAACUUCAUCGAGAGGAACCACAUGGAGAACGGGGCUGACCAUCGCUACAUGAGCAACUACACUAACAGCUAUGCGAGCGAGUGGAGCACACCUGAUACCAUGAAGAGAUAUUCCAUGUACCUCACACCCAAGGGUGGGGCCAGGACAGCCUACCGGCCGGGGUCCCCCAGCCGCCUCUCCAAGGAGACCAAUCAGAAGAACUUCAACAAUCUCUAUGGCACCAAAGGUAACUACAGCUCCAGGGUCUGGGAAUACUCCUCCACCAUUCAGAACUCUGAGGACGGGCCUGCAGUCCAAGGCAGCUCCUCCUUCUCCCUGAAAGGCUAUCCUUCCCUCAUCAGGAGCCAAAGCCCCAAGGCCCAGCCACAGACUUGGAAAUCUGGCAAACAGACUUUGCUGUCUCACUACCGGCCCUUCUAUGUCAACAAAGGCAAUGGGAUGGGGUCCAAUGAGGCCCCGUGAGUUCCAGACAGGCAGCACACCGAGGCCCUGGCACCCCUGCCCUCCCCGGCUGAUCCUGCUGCUCUUGCUACUGUGCUCAUCUGCGUGGAAGGGGGACCCCCUCCUCCUCCCCCCCAUCAGCCAGGCCCCAUCCAGGCCCCUCUCUAGCUUUGGGACUUCUAAUGGUCACCAUCUCUCCUGUGUUCAGAGACCAGCCAUCGCAGGGGUGGGAGAUAGGUGGGCUUCUCUCCCCUAACCCACCACCCUCCUCUUGGGUGGGACUGCCAGCGCCCACGUGGUGGCAGCCUGCCUCUCCCACCCAUGCCCCUGCUGUUGUGAGGCCUGUUGGCCGUUUCUCUCUAAGAAUCCUUCCCCGUGAUGUGGUCAGUAGGUGCUUGGCCAGGAUAGUUGCCCGUCUCCCAUCCACGUCGGCCCAACUUCUCCUUCCCACCAGCCCGGCCCCAUCAGGAGACCGGCCCUCAGUGCCCAGCCUGGCCGAGCCCGCAGCCCGGGGCCGCCGUGGAGGGGAAGCUCGAAGCGUCUCAGCAGCAUCCCCACCUUGCCGGGAGUCACUGUAACCGCGCGGAGUCCUGAGGUCCCUGGGGAUGGGCUCUCCUGGCUGCAAGGAUGGUCUUAGCCAAGAUAGGUCCCUCCUCUACCUGCUGAGAUAAGCAAUUCCCUCAACAUGAUGUAAUCCAUCCAUGAACAUAGUUCGUGGCCCAGCUGCCCAAGGGACAUGCCAUUUCCCUCUGGAAUCCCGGUCAUCCUGCUGUUCUGUGUCCUCCCUGGCGACGGCACGUGAGCAGGCCGGGGACGGUGUGUCUCGGCUGGUCACUUGCAAUUUCCAGGUAACUGCUGCUGUUAUUUCUAAGGGUAGCUUACCCACCACCCCCCACCCUCAUCCACUGCCCCCAUCCGUCUUCCUCCUCCCUCUGACUACCUUCCAUGUCCCACGCUGCCAUGGGGCGCAGGGCCUGGAGAGGGACCAAAGUAGGAGCAGCAAGGUGGGGCCCUUCCUCCUCUCACCAUCCCUCCCAAGGGCCCU